GGCGCACAUUCUCUGACUUUUUGAAUCUUUUGUUGAAUUUUGUAUGAAGUCAAAGUAAAAGGUUCUAUAUACUCUGAGUAAAAGUACCUAUGGUUGUGUAUUGGCGUCGUCGAGUUUCCGGUUUCAGAAGAAUUCAGAUCCUGUUUUCAUGUAUUUUGACAAUUUAAUUGAGUUUUCAGUGUACCUACCGUUGAUGUGGUUGUAAAGCACCAACCAAAAAUUUGGGUUACUGUUGGCUUAGGUAUUUUAAGUCUUUUCUGUCGCUGCAAUUUAAAGGGAAGUUGAAGUCUAAAAAUAGAAUAGAGCAGCUGCAAUGGCGGUUCUGAAUCCGUUUGUGUCUGAGGCUCUAAUGCGGAAGAACCUGGGCAGCUUGUCCAGACAGUCGGCCUUCUGGAUCAUGGUGAACCUAUUCCUGGCCAUCUUUGUUGCUCUGGAAAUGUACUACGGCUCCGUGCUGGUGUCGGACCUGUUCGGCGUCACGCCGCCGCUGGUUCGUAAACUCGAGCUGGCAGUGCUGGUGAUUACCUGUCUGAAUCUGGCCGUGCAUCUCACCCGGUACCUGUACCCAGCGCUGGGACACAGCGUGCUAAACCUCACGGACGGCCAGCGGCGGCUGCUGACUGUCGCUCAGAAUGACCCCGCUAUCGGCUCGACCCCUCGCCCCAGUCGCUCGGGCGGUGGCGGCGGCGCCGCGGCCACGCCUAUGAACCUCUCUGCGCUCAGCUGGCUGAGCGACGCGUCCGCCGGCCGCAGCCACGCGCUCUCCACCUCUGCCUCCUCGUGGGACUACCGGGACGGCUCCGUGAGCCACGCGUUCACUCCGGACCGGUCGGCAAGCCGGCACUGGGGGCAGCGCGGCUCGCCCUACGGCCAGGGCGGUCUGGUGCCCCCCAUGAGUCCCCUGGGGGCCACCUCGAGCCCCGCGCUGUCGGGGCUGCCGCGGGUCAGCACUCCGGUCAACCGCCCAAAUGUGGAGAUCACAGACAUGGACAGUUUCCACGAGUACAUGAGCCAGUACGAGGACAGGGAGCGCAAGUACAGUGCCCUGAACGCGUCUGCGGAUGCAUCAGUCAACCAGAGUGCCAGUUUCUGGAACCAGAGUCGCUUCUCGUUGGCGGAUUUCUUUACCAACUCGCCGCAGAAACACGUCUAUCAGCUGUCGAUCCGCAGUCCGUCUGAGACCGAGGACGGCCCGGGCGGUGACAAGGAGAAGGACAACACGCUGAGCUCCGGGUUCGACCCCGUCUGGCUCAAACUGGAUGUCAGCAAUGACACGCUGUUCAGGUGGACGGAGAACAUCAGAAUCUGGCUGUGUCAGACGAUCUUCGUGCGGCUGGUGAAGGAGAUUGACUCUGUGAACGCGGCGCUGCGGCGGCACGGACUCUCGGAGGUGCAGAUCGGCGAGGUCGGUCUGGACAAGCUGAGGAAGACGGCUCAGAUGGUGCAGGAUGUGCCGUCGCUGAACGCCGUGCUGCACUUUCUGUCUGUGUCCACCCAUCAGGAGUACCUGGUCUACAGGAUCAGAGAGCUGAGCCGUGGCGGCUGUAUGCAGGAAUUCCGGUGGAACGGCGGUGGUACGUUCAGAGGGAAGGACUGGGACGAACACCUGCCCACCGACUCAGCCAUUGUGAUGCAUAUGGUGGCCGCUUACCUGGACGGCCGGCUGCCGCCGCACCCCUCCCACCCGGACGGCCGGACGUUCAGCAGCGAGCACCUGAGCAGCGCGCCCGACAAGCCGGUAACGGGUCCCGGCCGACUGGUCAUCCACCAGGCCGAGAUCAUACCGCCGCGCUUCUGUCUCAUCGACGGAACCGAGAUCGUCGAGCUCGCCAAGGGCCGUAACAAUCUGUUCCACACCCUACUGCUGUUCCUGUACACGGUCCGUCGCAGCCACGGCGGCAUGCUGGACCGAAUCCACAUCGGCCCGGCCGGACUCAACGUCGAGUGGGUCAUCCAGUGACGUUAGCAGGUAACCGUGACGUCACCAGACACCCGUGACGUCACUCAUCACACACCGUACUUCAGUCAUGCUGAAAUUCAUCAGUGUAGAAGCGGUACCAUUCAUUCAUUGGGUAGAAGUGGUGCAUCCGCCCACCAACUCAUGACGUCACAUUUCACCCACCAAGAACGUUAUCAACCAGCCAGUAGUGAAAUCAGAAUUCACCAGUGACGGCAUCAUUCACCGGCGACGUCAUUAUUCACCGGUGACGUCAUUGUUCACAUGUGACGUCAUCACCUGUCAGUGACGUCAUAACUCAGCACCGACAUCACGUCACCUUGCGGAAGUCCUGCCUGCCAUCGGCCGCUCCUCUCGGCAUUCUCGAGGUCCGGCACGGGUCAAUUUAGGAGGAUGUAUCGCAGUAGUGAAGCAUGUUUCACCGGCCCGACGAGGCCUGAGUCAGCCAGGACUGUCAGGAGGAUGACGUGGCGGGCUACUGAACUGUGUGCCGGAUAGGACUGUCACUCUGUGGUCAGAGGUCGUGGCCCUCCUGGCCUCCGAGACUGCCGGUGCCAGCUGUGGUGAUAUCACCCAGGUCGUCUCGGGGUCGUUAGUGCGUCUGCCGGGUGCUGUUAUACUGCUGUGGUGCGCUGAGUGGAGAGGAUGGCUGAAGUUUGACGGGGCUGGAUGUCUGAAGGCUGACCCGAAGACAGUGUCCCGGCGGCACAGUGCAAUGAUCUCAUCACGUUACGUCACUGAGGGCAAACGGCGUCACACGGCAUCACGCGCGUCACUUUCGUCACCCGGCGCCUUCCGUUAGUCUAACAAACAGCGCUGCUCUCCGCUCAAUUCGGUGAACAGUGACCGCGCUGGCUUUCCAUGACGCAAUCCAGCGUAUCCCGCUAGGCUGAGUUUCACACUGGGGCAUCUCGCCAGCCUCCUGAGAUACACAUAGAAAAACAAGAUUACAGGUGCGACGCCGGACGGUUUUGGAAGUAAGAUUCUGUUCUGGGGUGCUCUGGGAUUUCGCUGCAGGUGGGAAUGGGCUGAGACUCAUCGUGAACAUUCAGACUUGAUGCUGAAACUCGUGAACAUUUUGACGAGGAAGGCCUCACACAGUGUUUCAGAUGUGUAAAGUGAACGGCUGGAAUGUGUGAUGUGUGUGUCGUUGCGGCUGGCGUGAUGUGAGAGAUUGUGCCCGAAAGACGGUGGGACCGUUUAUGUAAUGUGUGUGCAUCGGUACUAGAGUGGAAGUGGUUCAUGCCUUGCGCACGUGAGUCUGUGUGUUCGUGGGGUCGAUGGCAGUCUGGGAUGCCGUAGGGUCUGUGAUACAAACAUUGUCCCCCUUUCGGUGUCUGAGGAUCUUCGGUCCAAGCAUUGUUGAAUUUCAACCGUUUCCCAGUUUUGUAAUAUAUGACCUGAAAUUUC